UUUCGCAGUUUGCCGGCAAAGGAUGAAGUGCGCAGUUCGAAAGCGCGGCAAACGCUCCUUUUACAAGUCCGUAGCAUAUCACACCGGUGAAAACAAAAGCGUUUUCUUGACCUUUGCGAGUGCCCGCGGAACUUUCCACCGGAAAAACGGCAGCCCUUUCGAAACUGCAGAAAUUCCAUUAACUUCGGCCACCUUUUAAAAGAUGUUGUCGUCCCGGACUGCCGGUGAUUCAAAAUGGGUGAACCAGCCUUUGAACAACAAAGAACAUGUGGAGAGUGGCCGAAAAGAGCGAUCCCCAAAGCAAGUAAACAAGAAGCUGGUAGACCUGCUCAUAGCAGACGCGGAGGAUGAUGGCGCCCACAGUGCUUCCAACUCCACACUUAUGGCCGCUCCCACGCCAGACAGCGCGUUCUUUGAUGGCCAUUCCGAGGAGGAGAGCAAUGGGGAUCAGGAGAAGGAUCCUCCGAUGGAAAGGAAGUGCCGCACAUGCUUUCAAGUCGUGUCUUUGGAUGGAGAUGUGAAGGACCUCUAUGACAGGGACAACAUUGCGCUCAUUUACCACAUUGAAGUCACCACCGGGGUGUGGAUAGAAACCGGAGAAAAGGGACUUCCUCAUCACAUAUGUGCAACAUGCCAGGAAACUCUGCAGAAGUCUGUAGAUUUCCGAGACAAAUGCAUUCAGAUCGAUAAGAAGUUCAAGCAAGCCGCAAAGCAAAACUCGGAAGAGGAAAUUGAAUCGGAACUGGAAAAUGUUCUUUACGAAGAGUCUCUACAGCAAGCUAAUAAAGUUCCCGAAAUAGGAUUUAAAUACCCAGAACUUGGAUCGGAUAGUGAGUGUGUCCUAGAUGAGAAGGACAUCUCACUAGAUCUGGAUUCAAGUGAUUUCUCAUCAGGGGAAGAUGGCGAAGAAAGGAAAAGAUCAUCGAGAAAGUCAAAGCGUGCUUGCAAUGAGAUUGUAAGCAUUAAGAAAUGUGAGACGCAAGAAGAGAUUGGCAAGGUCGAUCCUGGAGCUGAGGUCUACAAGGUGGUGCUAAGUGAGUGCAAUUGGAAGGAUGCAACCAAGCAGAAGUAUUCGCUGCCAUUGCCAAAGCCUGUCCGGCAAAGGGUCAGCUUAGAGGAGAAAAAACGGAGGCGACGCGAGAGGGUGCGAGCCAAGCCCUUUAACUAUGUGUGCGACAAGUGCGGCCACUCCUUCCGCCAACCGGGCCAGCUGCAGAUGCACUUGCUCCGCCACAGUAGCGCCAAAAACUUUGAUUGUCCCGAGUGCCCGAAGAAGUUCUUCGAUGCAUACACCCGGAAUAUUCAUCUGAGAGCCCGCCACAAGGGCGAAAAACCAUUUCCCUGCAACCAUUGCAACAAGUCGUUCCCAAAUGCAAGCAGUCGUCAUAGGCACGAGAGAAAAGAUCACGGGGCUGGUUCCCGGAUCCUCACGCGCCAGAAAUCAAAGUCGGAUGGUCCUGAUCGACAUAUUUGUACCCAAUGCACGAAGAGUUAUUCCACAAAAAACGCUCUAUCUUUACAUAUGAAUUCCCACAAUGGAGCCCGGCCCUUUAAGUGCUCGGUUUGCCAGCAGGCAUUCACGGACCCAUCUGCCAAAAGGCGACAUGAAGCCAACCACGAUAAGUUUCCCUUUCACUGUGAUAUCUGUUUCAAGGGAUUCCUUCUGCGCUCCCAACUGAUUACUCACCGGGAUGUACACACUGCAGAUCGUCCUCAUUGGUGCGAGUUCUGCGAUGUUCACUAUCGUCAUAGGUAUAAGCUAAACAUACACUAUAAAAGCAGUUUGCACAAGAAUAAUGUGCUCAAAGCUCAGGAAGAGGAAUGUAAUGGACUGCAACAAACUCUAAAAGAUUUUUUAAGCUUCUAAGUGAUAUCAACUUGAAUCUCAAUCGCAUCUCGUAACUAGAAUUAAGCCAAAUGCACAAGAAGUACGUGCCGAAACUCAGAACGACCGCAUCAAAAAUAUAUUAAUAUAUUUGUGUAUAAAUACUCAUACGUAGUUCUAGAUACUCAACUGCACAUGAAGUGCUGCCAUAGGCUCAGCAAGAGCAGACAAGAAGUCAUUACUAUAAUUUAGUGAAAAUGUGUUUUUUUUAAUAGUAAUAUAAAAAUAAUAAUGUGAACGUAGAAUUAUAUUCCAUAAUCAGAAAUAUGCAUUUAAUAACCGGCAAUACGUCUAAACUAAUUGGAAAAGUAAGACUUUACAAUUUAUGUACUUAGAACAUGUAAAAAUAUCGCUCAAAUAAAGAAUAUCAAGGAAAGUUA